AUGGAUGAUCUAGGGGAGCUUCCCAGCGAUGUCGCCAUGAAGAAGAGGGAGAUGGUGCUGCAUGAUUCGAUGGUCACGGUGCGAUUAUCUGAGCCUGAGCCUGAAUUGGGAGGGUCUGCUGCUGGUUCUGGCACUGCUGCUGCGUUUGCUGAGACAGGAGGGAAAGACAAGGUCGACGAGUCUGGCGAUAAGGACGAGGACGACGACGAAGAAGACGACGACGAAGACGAGGAAGAGGAACAGGAGGCAAAAAUAGCACCAACUGAACAAAUUACGGGGGGAGUGAUACCCGAGGACGAUACCGAUGCGGACACUGUCUAUGAGACUGAGAUUGCGAGGAUGGAAGUCCCCUGCGUCAAGGACAGGGAGGUCAGGAGGGGGAGCCAUAAAAGCCAAAGCGAGACCGAGAGCGUGAACUGGGAAGUUCUGGAGCGGACAGAAGAGCAAGAGCCAAGGGAUCAAGAUACUGAAGAUUCCACAGCCCUUCUCCUCGCCCGUCUCGAACAAGAGAACAAUCUCCUAGCUACAAACCCGAAAUCCGGUCUCGCACGAGCACAAGCAGAACAACGUGUACAGCGCCGCCCGCCGUCUAUGCAGCAGCUUAAACAGAUGGUGAAUGCGCCCUCGCCUCCUGCGCUACGGUACUCCUUACUUCCCGCGCCUGCGAUGACAGACCUCGAGUUCUACGCUGCGGUGGUGCAGGACUACAAGCGCACUGCGCAGCGACUGCCGACGCUGCUGUCGAAGAAGAUCCGUGCGGGGAUACCGCCGCCGCUCAGGGGCGUGGUGUGGCAGAGCAUGUCUGGCGCAAGGGAUCUGGUGCUGGAGGAGGAGUAUGAGCGUCUGUGUGGGGGAUCGAGUCCAUACGAGGGGAUCAUUGGGAAGGAUCUCGGGCGCAGCUUUCCGGGUGUGGAGAUGUUUCGCGAUCCGAAUGGGGAGGGACAGAGGAUGCUGGGGAAGGUGUUGAGGUGCUUUAGUUUGUAUGAUCCCAAGAUUGGAUAUUGUCAGGGUCUGGGGUUCCUCGUGGGGCCGCUGUUGAUGCAUAUGGGCGAUACCCAGGCGUUUUGUAUACUAGUGCGAUUGAUAGAGAACUACGACCUCCGAAGCUGCUACCUCCCCGACCUCUCCGGUCUCCACGUACGCAUCUUUCAGUUCGGCGAACUGCUCAAACGCCACCUCCCCGCCCUCGCCGCACACCUCGACCACCUCCAAGUCGAACCCGCAUACGUCUCGCAGUGGUUCCUCUCCUUCUUCGCUGUCACCUGCCCCCUCCCUAUGCUCUUUCGCAUCUAUGAUGUGAUCUUCGCUGAAGGCGCUUCAGAGACUAUGAUGCGCGUCGCGCUCGCUGUGAUGCGCAAGAACGAGGAGCGCAUUACGGCUUGCGCAGAGUUUGAGGACGUUAUGCAACUACUUCUAUCUCGUGGACUCUGGGACUGCUAUCGCAUGGACGCAGACGCCUUUGUUAACGAUUUCGUUAGCUUGACGGGCACGAUCACAAAUGAUCUGCUGCAGUCGCUCGAGCGGCGAUACAGCGAGAGUCAGGAGAGCGGCAAGGCGCCUGCGCACUCCGCCGAUAUUGUAUCAGCGGGCUCGCGCUUCCUGGGGCGCAUAUGGAACUCCUCGUCGAAGAGCAUGACGCUCAACCCUGCGACGCUGGCGCCGUACCGGCGCGCGGGUAGCUUUUUAAGAAAGUCGACGAGCAAGCAGAGUAUGGCGUCUACGCUUGGGUCAGGGGAGGGGAGCACGGAUAGCUUGACGACGGAAGCGACGUCGCGAGGCUCAUCGCAAUCGGACGGCGCGUCGGUGCGUGGGCCGUCUACGGUGCUGUCAGCAGCGGUGGGGAGCCAGAAGGCGCUGGCGAGUAGUAACAACAGUUUAAAUGGGCAGAUUGAGGAUUUGCUCCUUGCGCUGAGCGAGAUGCAGAGGGAACAGGCUAUGUUGGCUACGCGGUUACAGAGGGAGAGAGAGGAGCGGGAGGAGGAUCGCGUGGCGGUUCGGUUGCUGAUUGAGGUGUUGAAGAAGAAUGGGAUGGAGGUUGAGGGGGAGGUGACGGAGGGGGAGAGGGGGAUUUGUAUGACCCCCGAGAAUAUGGCGGGUGAGGAGGCUGGGAAGAAGAGCGAUGAGGGGAGGGAGGGGUCAAAACAUGAUUCCCCGAUGGAACAUGCUGAAGCUUCGUCUUCGGCUGGGGUGACUUCGAGUACGACUGAAUCAUCACCCACCGAAACCGAAGGAUCCACACCAACACAGCCGUCUUCAACUGUUCCCCCACCCGAAUCCUCCCCCCACGACUCAGACGAGCAAUCCCCCGGCGGAACACCCACACACAUCUCCCUCACCAUCGCCGCCGCUUCCUCCCCUACACCCUCAACCCCCAGCAUACCCGCGCUCCUCACAACCCUCACGCACCGCUUCUUCACCACCUCGAACCGCGAUUCCGCAGUCCUCCAAUCAAAAGCUCAGCUGCGCGCCGACCUGGCUCACGCCAAGGGACAGCUGGGGAUGGAAGUCUCCAAGAACCAGGAUCUCGCUCGUCGGCUGCUGGACUGCGAGCGCGAGGUUAGCAAGUUAGGCGAGCAAGUGCGAGAAGGGCACGCGCAUGUGCGACAAGGCCAUGUUGAGCGGGGGAGAUUGGAGAAGGUAGUCUCGGAGUUAAGAAGUCGGCAGCCGGGCGCCAGCUCCAGCAACGACGGCGACGAGGGGGAGAGAAGCGACUGGAGCCGUCGCGCCUCAGCACAUAGUUCCAACGGCCUCCGCGAGCUGAAACUCGGCCGGCAGAAAUCAACACGCAGUCCCGCUUCCGGGCCGGGUGGGUUCGUGAAGAGAUCGAGUAGUUUGUAUACUUCCAUGGUUAUGGGGGAGGAUGAGGAGACACCCCCCGUGCCGCUGAGUCCGGGGGCGGCGAGUUUACAUGCGCCUAGUCUUGCGCCGAGUUUGACGGGAGGGGGAGAGGGAGGGGGGGAUAACGAUGCGUUGAUUUUAGAGCUUGUGCAGGCGAAAACGGCGGAGGCGACGGCGAGGCAGGAGGCGGAGGAGGCGAGGGGGAAGUUGGAGGCGCUGAGGAGGAUGGUUAGUGGGAGUGGGAAUGGGGGAGGUGGGGGGGGGUCGCCGUUGGAGAGGCAGGUUAGUCAGGGCGCGAGGAGUGGUGGGGGGACGCCCCCUGCUGCGACGGCGGCGGCGACGGGAGGGGGGUUUUGGGGGUGGGGGAAGAGGAGUGCGAGUUUGGCGGGGUUGCCGGGGGGGGAGAAGUAG